CCGUGUCCGUGUCCGUGUCCGUGCCCGGGGGCCACUCCCCGUUUCCCCUCGGGGAAAGGGGGGAACCUGUGCGAGCUGGCCUGAGGUGGGGCGUUGGGCGGUCGGUGGGAUGAUGAACUGUGUGGCAUCCCAUAAACCAACUUUCCGGUGGUGCCCAGCGACAGGACGGGUAGCAAUACUAAAUGAAGCUAAACCACAGGAAGCUUCGUUUCAGCGUGAAUAGGAACUUUACAUCGAGGGUGGCAGAACAGCGGAAUAGGCUGCCCAGAGGGGUCACGAGCCUCUUUCUCUGGAGAUAUUCCUGACCCACUUGGAGGCGUUCCUGAGUAACUUGCUCCAGGUCACCCUGUCUUGGUACUAUGGAGGAAAAAAAAGAAAUGUCGGUAGAUAGCCUGAGUCAUAUGACUGAAGAAAAAUUGGAUAUUUGCAUGAGCAAUGUUUCAGACUUUCCUCUUCUGAGUGAUGAAAAGUUUGAUUUUGACCUUUCACUCUCUUCAACAAGUGGAAAUGAAGAUGAAGUUUUUGUUGGACCUAUGGGACACAAAGAAAGAUGUAUUGCUGCCAGUAUUGAAGCAAAAAAGUGUGUGUCUGCUUUUGAUGAUAAACUCACAUGGAGCCCACUUCAAGGAGAGAAAUUUGUGGAAAUUUUCAAAGAAGCUCAUUUGUUGGCACUGCAAAUACAGACUGGAAGCAAGGAUGAGGAGACCAAAAUAAGCCAAUCUGAAGAACAGGAAAACAAGAUUAUAGAAACAUUUGUGGAGGACUCAAAGUCAAAGCUGAAGAUACUGAGAAACAAAAACAUAGAAAUAAGUCCCAGGCCUGCUAAACGGGACACAUACUGUGUGCAGGACAGCCCAGUGUGUCAGCUCCCACCUUGUUUUCAGAAGGCAUCACAUGAACUUGUGUCAGAUGGCAAAGUACAUGCUCUUCCUGCUCCUCCUAACAGAAGUCCUGUUAAAAUUUGUGCGUCUCCUACAAAAAAUGCCAGUUUACCACUAACAGAGGAGCAGGAAACUAAUACAAAGGCCAUUGGCAAACUGCCAGCGGCAAAACCAUCAUCUGCUGGAAAAAGCAAUUUGUUGACAAUUGACAAGCCUGGCUUAAGGAAGAUGACAUAUCUGAAAUGUCCUCGUGUUGCCAGUGGUCUCCCAAGGAAGGCUCCAUCAUCAUCAUCUUCAUCAUCAGUUUCGAGCAUGAACUCAAGUCUUAAUUCAAGUUUACCCAUUUCUCCUAUAGGCAAAACAGGAAAAUCAAGCAUGUCAUCAAAAGCCAGUGUGAGUGGCUCUAAGCUUUCAUCUGGUACAAGCAGGCUGGCCCUUCUCAGACCUACCACAGUGUCAUCUCUGGGGGCUGCCAAUACUGAGAAAUCCAGGAAGCAAGUGAGAUCAGCUAGUACUCCCAAAAUACCUAGUGCCAUAAGCCUGGCUAAAUCUUCAGCUUCUUCAGCAUCAUCUGAGGCUGCAGGCAGUGGAAUUCGAAGACCAAGCUCUGUUUCCAGUCUGCAGCAACUAUGUCAGCAGAAUAAAGAUGGAAGUUCAAAAGGAAGCCUGUGUCCAAAGCCCAAGGCUAGAGUUUUGUCUGUUUCCACAAGUCAAACUAAGGCUCCUGUGAAGACUCAAGAUGCAACACCAAACCAAUUGGCACCAAAAGCAGCACCAUCUCUUGGAUUAACAUUUUGUGGCACACCUGGAAGUGCCAUAGCAGUCAGCACUCCUAUGAAAGCCUCAGAAGAUAAGGCCUUCCAGACUUUUUGUUUUCCUGAGAACUCUGCCACCAUGACUCCGGCCAGUGUGAAGCGGUCUGGCCUACCUACACCUGUCCGUCAGAUCUCAGGGUUCCCAGCAGUGACUCCUAAAACUGUACCAAGAAUGCCUUCUUCUGCACGUGCUGCAUCUCUUCAGCAGAGCUUCAGCUUUUCUGCCAAAAAGACUUUUACAGCUGGUUCUAAACACAAACAAGAGAGUAAGACACAGCUAUCUUCAGAAGAUGAUACAUCUCCUCCAGCUGUGCUGCCUCUUGUACUUAACUUCUCACCAGAGAAAGGUGCUACAGAAGGAGCAGAAAAUGCAUUAAAAGAGGCAGAAGUACAAAAUGAGCUCGCUGAAGAGAAACAACCCGAGGCUUUACUGAUAGAUAUUGGAGCAGACAAAUCUCUUCCACACGCUUCUGAAUGUGAAAGUAGACCUUUGAUUGACCUUUCCAAUACUCCUGAAGUGAGUAAGAGUACUUCUGCAAAGCCUGUGUUACCUGGGCAGAUAAAGCUGAUUGAUUUCAGUUCUCCUCUUAUCACUCUGAGCCCUGAUGUAAACAAAGAAAAUCUGGAUUCCCCUCUACUGAAGUUCUGAAUUUGAACUGAAAUGAAGAAUUCUUAGCAACUGUGAUCUUUGAAGUGGUUUUGGUGUUAUUCCUCAUUCGUGUAAUUUUUUGAAGAUGGCUGUAGAUUGUCUGAUGAACUUCAUUAACAAAAUAGAAUUCUAACACUCUUGAUGCAGUCUGAUAAUGAUUUUAUUCAUGGAUGUGCUGCAAUGGAUGUAUUUUAACUAUGUUGCUCUAAGACAAAAAAAUUGGAAUUGUAAUUCCAGUUUGAAUUGGAAGACUGCCUCCUUCUAUUGAUUGUCAUUCGAUUCCUCUAUGUACAACAAAGUUUUAAUUUAAAAUAAAUGAGUUGUUUGCUAAACCUGUA